AUUUUGUUUAACGAUUUUGUUACUUGUCGCGUCCUGAGGGUGAGAGGCUGUUCUAGAGUUGCCGUUGGAGCCGAGAACAAGUCGUGUACUAUGCCACAUCUACAAAGCGUGCAUGAACCAAGUCCACGGAGGAAGCACGAUCCAUCGCCGUCCAACCCUCCUCCGGCCUCCGGCGUCGCCUUCACCAUCACGACUCCCCCCGUCCUGUCCUCCUCAUUGACACUUUCUCCCUUCGUCUCCUCCUUUAUUCCCUCAUCCACCUCCCCCAAAACCCUCACGUCCCAAAGCCUCUCUCUCCACAUGGCGAACUCCGGUUAGGGUUGGGUCUCCGGAGCCCGGCCAUGGCGAUGCCGACGGUGGCCUCUGCGACGGCGGCGGCGGCGCUUCACCCCGCGGUGGCCUCCCCGUGCUCGGUGCGGCGUGCCAGUGUCGGCAUUGGCAAUGCGUCGGCGUUUGGGGGUGGAUGCCUGGCAGGCGGCCGGCAACGGGCGGCUACGCGGGCGGUGCGUGCCACGGUGGCGGCCGAGAGCGGCAGGCAGGAGGCCCCCGCUGCACAGAUGGUGGAGAUCCCCGUCACCUGCUAUCAGAUUCUAGGUGUCACAGAGAAGGCUGAAAAAGAUGAGAUUGUCAAAGCAGCAAUGGAGCUUAAAAAUUCAGGGAUAGAAGAUGGAUAUACAGCUGAGGUGCCUACCUGCAGACAGACUCUGCUGGUAGAUGUGAGAGAUAAACUUCUCUUUGAACAAGAGUAUGCAGGAAACAUAAAGGAAAAGAUUCCACCCAGAUCCUCUCUUCAUAUACCUUGGAGCUGGCUGCCUGCAGUUCUGUGUGUUUUGCAGGAGGUUGGAGAAGAGAAGCUAGUUUUGGAUAUCGGUCAGGCAGCUCUACGACGCCCUGAUUCUAAACCUUAUGUUCAUGACGUGCUUCUUGCAAUGGCAUUAGCUGAGUGCUCUAUUGCAAAAGCUAGCUUUGAGAAAAGUAAAGUAUCUCUUGGCUUUGAGGCUCUAGCACGUGUUCAAUAUCUUUUGAGGAGAAAAUCAUCUUUGGAGAAGAUGCCCCUUCUUGAACAGAUUGAAGAAUCACUUGAAGAGCUUGCACCUGCUUGCACUCUCGAACUUCUAAGCUUGCCUCAGACUCCUGAAAAUUCUGAACGCAGGCGAGGUGCUAUUGCAGCUCUCUGUGAAUUGCUUAGACAUGGCCUUGAUGUUGAAUCCUCUUGUAGGGUUCAUGACUGGCCUUGUUUCUUGAGCCAAGCAAUGAACAGAUUAUUAGCCACUGAAAUUGUUGAUCUACUUUCUUGGGACACUUUGGCUACAACUCGUAAAAACAAAAGAUCAUUGGAGUCCCAGAGCCAGCGGGUGGUAGUUGACUUCAACUGCUUCUAUGUGGCGAUGCUUGCUCACCUUGCAUUUGGAUUUUCAACCCGCCAGACUGAGUUGAUCAAGAAAGCUAAAACCAUCUGUGAAUGUUUAGUUGCCUCUGAGAGCACAGACCUAAAAUUUGAGGAAUCUUUCUGCUCAUAUCUUCUUGGAGAGGAAGCUGGUACCACAGUUUUUGAAAAGCUUCAGCAGCUUCAAAGUAAUGGAAGUUCAAAUUCAAGGAAUUACGGGUUAUAUAAAAAGAAAGACAGCAGUGGCAAGCUUACUGUCAACCAAUCACUGGAACUGUGGCUGAAGGAUGUAGCACUUUCUCGUUUUGCAGAUACAAGAGAUUGUCCAUCAUCUUUGGCCAACUUUUUUGGAGCUCCUAAGCGCAUCCUUAACACGUCCAAGCAGAAAUUGGGAUCCUCAAGAGCGGUCCUUUUGAGCUCUCAGCCUUCUUCUAGUGUCUCAACAUGCAACAUAACUUCAGGGGAGCAAACCCCAAGAUUGAGUCCUAACAGCCAUUUGGGGGAGGCUGUAAAGCAACUUGCACCUACCAACUUGGGGCUCCAUUCAUCAAUGGAUGGGCCAGCGAAUGGUUCAGGCACAACAUCUGUUCCCCUGACGCGCAAUCCUGGAUCCCAUACUUUAAGAACAUUGGAAUUAUGGGGACUAACUGGAGAUAUUAUAGGAAAGCUUGCCUAUAGUGCACUCCUAGGGUUUGUUGUAUUUGGCACAUUCAAACUGUUCAGGUUUCAGUCCGGGCAUGUGAAACCUGCUAACCCAAGUAGAGAGUCUGCAUCCAUAUUGUCCUUGAAUGAAGCAUCUGCACCAGAAGGGUUUUUUAUCACCAGAAGUGUCAGGAAGCAUUUUGAAAAGUUGUCAAAAAUGCUUUGGCUGAAUGAUAGGCUUUAUUCUAAUAGUGAAGAAUGUGAUAAAUAUCCAAUGCCUAAUGAUGUCGCUACUGCAGUGUGCAAGCAAAAGAUGGAUAUUCAAGAAGCAGAAGCACUCGUCAAACAGUGGCAGAACAUAAAAUCUGAAGCCCUUGGCCCUGACUAUCAAAUUGACAUGCUCCCUGAGAUUCUUGAUGGUUCAAUGCUCGCAAAGUGGCAAGAUUUAGCAUUAUUAGCAAAGGAUCAGUCCUGCUAUUGGAGAUUUGUUUUAUUAAAUCUCUCUGUUGUUCGAGCUGAGAUAAUCUUGGACGAGGCUGGUGCUGGUGAAGCAGCAGAAAUUGAUGCUAUGCUUGAGGAAGCAGCUGAGCUUGUUGAUGACUCCCAGCCCAAGAAACCCGGUUACUACAGUACAUACGAAGUUCAGUACAUAUUGAGGAGGCAGAAUGAUGGAUCAUGGAAAAUCUGCGAGGCUGCUGUCCGUGACCUGACGUGAUUCUGCCAAAAGGGCAAAAAGACAACAUAUUCGUCACCUGAUACUCUGAUAGGCCACAGGGCAGUACAGAUCUAAAUUAGUUCCAACAUGGCGAGCUUUAGCAUAUUAGAAAUCUGUAGUGGCACUGUUAGGUUACCUUACGAUCAAUUGUUGUACCGUGCACUAGUUAGCUGAGUUCCAUCGGGCUGGUCGAUGCCUCAUCAGAAAUUCAGGAUUGCACACAAUAGAUGCUGACCUGCUAGUACAGAUGCUAACCCACUGCUGAUACCACAUUCCUUUGUUCCUUUCCCGCUAUGGUGUGAAUUCAUGUGAUUUAAUUUGAGUUAUACCCACGUGUAAUUGCAUUGGCGGCGGCCAUUGUUCAAAGAACUAUGCAACUUACUGUUGACUGUUAA